AUGAGUUCUUCCGAAGUUUCGGACGUUUCAAUAAACGAAAUGGGCAGUGAUGCCGAAAUGUCCACCUACUCUUCCGGUAGCGAUUUGAAUAUGGAUUUGUUGACUCGUGCUGAUAACGAACCCCAACCCACUGGACCGGAUUCUCUACUCAAAAUAGGUGCAAAGGUGUUUGCGAAGCACAUCCCCUUUGAGGCUAUUUACUGUAGUCAUUUCAUUGUUCCGGAGGAGGUGCAGAAACUCAUAGCGUUUUGCAGCUUUCCUUCUAACGAGGAAAACAUUCGGCUGUAUUCGUGUCUAAGUGUUGGUGGCUCGCAUUCUUUCAACGAUGGUGUUGCAUUAUUAGCCAAAGACGCUGUUCGUGACUGUGUGCAAAUCGGUUUUUUUCUUAGCGCAAGUGUUUUGGUUGAGGCACCAAUUCAAUCCACUUCUUCUAAUUUCACUCUUAUUCAUCGUGUCUCGCUAAUGUUUGAUCGCACGUGCAUUACUUCUUGCUCUUGUACAUGCACUAUGGAGGUGGAAGGAAUUUCACAGCAACAGCAAUCAUUAAACCAAAGGGGCGACCUUCCAAACGACUCCUGUUUGCACUCACCCCCUGCUCCUCUCCCUAAACAGCAAGUUGCCGAUAGUGGUGUGUGGUGUGCCCACGUUGUCGCCACCUGUCUCAAGCGGAUCCGCUCACCCGGGUCUGUCAUCUAUCGUCCGCCUAUAUCAGAAUCACUCUCGAAGCUAAACAAGAACGAGUUGCAACUGUUUGCCCAACAACUCAUCUGCCAUGUUGGUGCAAGGAAGAUUCUUCCGGCCGCUCAAAGCAUAUUAGAUGACAUUCUAUUGCCACACGCUUCAUCGGUGAAGGGCUUUGUGGAGGGACAAGAUCCUACAGCCGGCGGCCUAAUAGGAGAGUCAUCAUCUUGGCGAUUUGAUAUUUCAACGCUGGAGGAAAAGUUACGAAAUACCCUGGUUCGCUUCUCUAAAACUAAAUCUCCCUUUCAUGGUGAUCUCUCCUCCAUUAACUCCUGCCUCUCCCACCACUCCGAGGAGAUGAUAUGCAUUUUGCGCUCCCUGCGCACCUAUGAGCCGCGUGGGGUGUGGGCUCUCCUUGCAAUCAUUAUCGGAAUGCUCCGCAAGAAAGACUUAAAUGCUCUCCCCAUUCUCCAAAUGUUCACUCGAUGCAUUCUUGAGGUGGAUGAGAUUAUGUUCUGGUGGUACGUGGUGCAGUUGAAUGUGGACAUGCAAGUUAGACCUUCACAGGUGGGUAAGCGGAAGCAGUCCUGCUAUGGAGCGGCAUGGCUGUGCGAGACCUUGGUCGACGUUUGGCGCCUCGUGUGCCUCGAUCCGAAGCUCCGUGAAAAGGGCUCUCCUCGAAAGCGGUUCAUCUCGAAGCUCUCCACCUGGCACCAGACAGCAAUCAUGAAAGCGCAGAGGGGCAUGCGAGUAGCCCAGUUCUCCACUUCCGCUGGUUCGGCACUCCUGGUUGGUUCGCUGGAAAAUAUGAGAAAUCUCUUCUCCGACAACAACCAGAAAUUAUUUGUUGGUUUCAAACCUGCUAUCCAGGCCUGUCAAAUUACGUGGUCAACAGAGAUGCCACCCACUCACGCUCUGACAAAGGAACAAUUCAUACAGGCACUUCCCCACUUUGACGGAGCCUUCGUCGAUGAAUAUUCCACUGGCAUGGAAUUGCUGAGUGAGUCCUUUGAUUCGCAAGAAACUACAGGGUGUCAGAGCUACCCAUCAAUGAGAGGUCAAUUUGGGACCAACUUUGCCCGUUGUCAGGGCCUCGUCACGCAUGAUGAUACGGGUACAGCUCUUGCCUGGGUUCGCCAUCUGGCCCUUGAGAUGCUCCUCUCGGCCCCCUCCCUCGUGGCUGCAGCGAGGAGUGCGGCUCUGCAAAAUCUCGAGAUGGCUGCUCAAAUCGACCCCCUGACUGAGUCUCUUAAACGUGUGGAUAGAGUUCCAUGUCUCAACUCCUCCACCGGCUCUACUCGCCGCUAUCGCCGCACUGUUACUACCGCCGCCAUGAACACUUCGGUGGGAGCAUCAUCUGUGAUGACGGCAGCGACGACGUCCAGACGGGGCGGUGGCGGCGGUAGUAGCUUGAGAAGACCAGCUUCCAACGUUGCUCCACAAAGAUCCUCAGAAUUAGAACAGUUGGCCAAACUGUGGACAGAUUUCUAUGUGUCAGAGGUAGCUGAAUUCAGUAUCACUUUCACGGAGUGGGUGUACUGCGUGGAAUACUUGAUGGAUUGCCUGUACGGUUUCCAUUACAAUGAGGGCUUGGUGUAUCCCCCCGCACUAUCCAAUCAGCAUCUGGCACAUCCGUCUACGCAAGGCGGUGAUUCAGGGGGUGGCGUCUACCAUCCACCCGCCUUCACUACCUCUUCUGCUGGCACUGGAGCUGCCGUCGGUACCACCGCUGACAGCGCUGCUGAGUGGUUCUCCCUUGACAUAGAGUUGAGCUUCCGGCUGGGUCUGUUAAUGCUCGCUCUACCACGACCUCAACAUACCGUGGCAGCCAUGGAGGUGCGUCUCUUCGAUCACGAGGCUUCGCUGCUCUCUCGACUCUACCGCCUUCCCCUCGAAUUAGCUUGUCCUUGGGUUAUCGAGAGCGUUCGACGUGAGGCACAGCUUUUGGGUGAUGGGGUGAACCGCUUUGGUGAUUGCUCGGCCGCCUACGUGCCCUAUUCCCUGAGUGAAUUCCUCUUCCAAAUGUUGGCCGGUUCGGAUCCAUUACCACCUUCAAACACGCUACCUCCGCCACCCCCUGCACCGCCAAUUUCGGGUACGGAGGACGGUGGGGAGGGCGAAAACUCUAGCGGUCGCUCGGCUUAUGCCGUCUCGGAUAAUGCCACUGCGGGCGGAUCGAACGUGACACCCUCAACCACUCAGACUCCUACUGCAGUGGUCUGUCUUCCACUGGCCUUACGCAUCCAACAACACGGUGGAAACUUCGAUCCAGACCCGAGUACCUUCGCCUCUCGGACUCAUGAAACAAGAGACGACGGUGAGCUGGCCUUUGGUCUAGCCCGGCGCAUUUUCGGCCAGCGUACUCGCAUCCCGGAGAAAGUGGCGCCCAUGUUUGUGGAGUGCCAACGCUCGCAAAUGCAAUCUUUUGUUCUCCGCAGCCUUCGCUACUACAAGGAUGAUUCGCGUCGUAUCUCAGACUUGAUCGAAAGUCUAUUGGAUCCAAGUCUGAACAGUUUCUUCAAGUCCCCACCUCUUUGGUUCUGUCUCUCUGCUGGUCUCGAGGAGAUGAUGCAGUUUCGAUUUGAAAAUGAAGAACUAUCAGUAAUUGGGGAUGAGGCAGGCUAUUCAGACUCCGCUUUCAUCGAUACGGAAGUCGCUGCAACAGCAGGAGAAGUUCCAGAACUAGUGGCAUCGUUAUCACUUUUAGAAGAGGCUGUGGGAAUCGAUGAACAGAACAACAAUAGUGGUGCCGAUAGUGGUGACACGGCUAUAGGGAACUCUGUUUCUGCUCCUCAAGACAUGUCGGUAUCGGUCGGUUGUAUGGAGAGCAAGAAUCACCAGGCUUCAUCUGAAUGGGCUGCCACAUCGACUGGUGAGGAUACUGACACACUCUCUGACUCAAAAGCCUGGGAUACGCGUUUUCGUUGCGCGACUCUGCGUGAUCCGAAGAGGAUUAACCGUCACUCCGUUGGUAUGGCAGCCGUAGACAGUAGUGCACCAGAGACCACUAGCAGUGACAACUCGCCCACUACCAGUCGUGGCACUUUCCUCUUCCGUUUGUCCAAAGGGAUGACCCCUGGUGUUGCUUUUAUCACCUCAGGGAGUGGUGCUUCUGUCACUAGACAUCGAAAUAGAGACUCCUCCUCAGAUUGCCUCUCCUCUUCUACUGGCGAGGAGUCCAGAUCCACCGCUGGCGUCUUUUCGGCUAUCGGCCACUCGCGAGGCACAGUCAGUGACGACAUGAGGUGUACGAUCCCGCGUCAACGUCCCACUGAGUCCUACGCACAGCAUAUUUUCCAGUUGGCCAAGAGCAUUCGCCUCGCGGCCGGUGGACCCAAUGCCAGCGUGUCUGUUUUCAACGCCGAGGCGGUGACCCACGGACCAACGAACCGAAAUCUCCACUUUGCUGCCUUCCAGGUGAGUCUCUACGCAUUGGGACUCAUCAAUCUGCAGCAGCCGUCGUGGAAGAGCAGAACGUAUUCACGUCACGUAGCAUGGAUAAGUCAACAGGUAUUUGAGAUUGAGCUACCCGCGGCCUUUAUGCUGCUGCAUUCUUGGCGCAAUCACUUUACUACUGAAGAGGUGACAGCCGUAGCCUAUCAACUCUUUAAAAAGGGCAACCAACGGCUGUCAAAGAUGGCGGGCGAGUUGUGUCUGGCGAGUCUAACAGACUGCACGACGCUAAAGUCGGAUGCCAUCAAGUGUGCACUCUCUCAACUCUCCGCCAUACCAGAGAUGCUGGAACGCGGUCUCUUAUGUAUCGAGGAGGGCGUAAAAUCCACACCCUUUGGUGUUGUGUCCGAGCUUCACUUCCAGCUGGCUAGCUACUGGUUCCAACUUUACGAAACCACUAAAGAUAAAAUCCCUAAAAGGUCUGAGUCAUCGACGACAACGUCUGAAACGUUGGUGGCGCCUGCUGUUGAGAACCAGCAUCCUAGUAACGACGGUGCUGCUUGGCCUGGUGGCUUCCAGGAGCCCGUUCAUCCCUCUAUAUCUGAAAUCAUAUACAUCCCCACAACCAAUAUUGAUCCCAUCGUCGCCGCCACAGCAGCCGGUUCUGCAUUUGUUUCAUCUUUCGCACAGCCCUUCUCUCUCCCUUUCUAUCCAGUCUUUCCUGUACAGCCACCGCAGCAGGUAAAUGUCUCCCUUCCGCCGAUGCAGCAGUUGACUAUGCAAUCUGUGGCUCCCCCUGUCUACGAGUUCUACUCUGGGCAGCCACAUCUUUACCCAACCGCAACAUCGGCUCCUGUUCCACAAAUCACUGCUCCCAUUACUCAGGAUGGUUUCCAGAAUUACCUCCGUCGAGCAGUGUUUGCUGAGGGUGCUGCUAUUUCGGAACCCUCUGCGUCUGUCCCUGCAGCGACGGAUGCUACUGCGGAAGCCGCAAGCACUGCCAAUGUGGAUGUUCCAUCGCCCGGACAAGAAGCAGAAACGGUGGAGCCUGAGGUAGUUGAAGCGCAGGUAGAGACCUCAGUAGUGGUGGAAUCUCCCGCCGACCUGAUUGCCCUCAAGCCCGUGGAAGGAUCAGUCAUUCAGGAGUUGGAAGGAAGAGCACGGCACUUCUUGCUUCGAAGCUUCCGUUCAUUUCUGUGUGGAAUUGAGAAACUCUUUCCUUUACAGGCGCCACAGCUUGGUUCCACAUCACCACAGUCACGAGACUGGAGCGGCAAGUUCUGCCACUGGCAACACCGUCACCAUCACUUGGACGGCGAGAAUGUCUCUACCUUGUUCCAGAACGAGUCUCUCAACAACCGCGUUUCACUGACCGACACUAGAGGAGACGACUACGCCCCUUGGAAUGUGGAUGGCCGUCCGUGGGCAGGCUGUACUGAAUCCCCAAGCUCCUCUGAGGAGAAUAUUCUUCGCGCUCUGGAGGUGGCAGAGAUGCUGGGUGAUGAGGCCGUCUGCACCUACUGUAGGCGCAUGCUCAAAUGCAUCCCCUGUCCCCUUAUUAUGUCGGCAAUCACAGUGAAGGUACUGAACAAGUACUGCCCCAAUCGCCCCUCCUCCACUUCGUCAUCGUCUCCAGUCUACUCACAGUGCUCACCAAGCGGGUUCUCCUUCUCCCCCUCCGUCGCCCCCUACCAAAUGGCACAUCAGAGACCCUUGGUUUGGAACUAUCCGCAAUGGGAAACGAAGUAUAUGUUACGACAGCAUCAACAACAGACAAUCACCAUUCCAGCAGUGGUGGGAAAUUCUGCCAAUGAAGUCGCGUCCAACACCCUAAAUAAAGAACUCCUCGAACAAAUGGUCAAUAGGAUGCACUAUCUUUUCCACGUUCAAGUCAAUCUGCAUCUCCGCAGCCUAGGCCGUUCACAAGAAGGCUGGGGAGAGUUCGUGGAUAUGGUGUUGAGCGCCUACUUAGCCAAUCAGCGCAUGCCACCGACAAAUCAGAUGCUGACUUGGGAGUGCCUAUUCAGGCGAAUCGAGCAGUACUCGAGAAACACGCCCGCCCUACUAGAACGAGUCGUCGCAUCUAUCGAGACGGUAAAUAUGCGAUUCCCACCCCCCUCCAUCACCGCCGCUUUUGCUGCGGCUACACGGUUCAACGGCGUCCAUGUCGCCAUUUCAAUACCCUCUAGUGGAGCACCACCACCGCCACCCCAAUCUUCAUCAUAA